AUGACCGAACUCACACCUGAGGAUGCUGCUGCUCAGCGAGCCUCCGAGCAAGCUCGUUUGCGCAAGGAACGCCGGGAAGCAAAGAUCAAGGCCGGAGGUGCAUCACGGCUCGACAAGAUCACUGGCCUAGGCGGCCGCGCACCAGACUCUUCGGCAACUUCAUCACCAGCGCCUUCAGCCACGGCGUCACCCGCCCCCACAAAGCAAGCAGCCGCGCCGCCGCCGCCACCUCCUGCCUCCUCCUCCGCCGCCGAUCACGCCGACCCCGACGAGGUUGACAUCUCGCAGCACUACUACGAGCCCAGUGCGACGCAGCGCAUUCCGCCCCGCGCAGGUCCCGGCGCCGGCUCCAACCCCAACGACCUCUCCGAGGCCCAGCUCCGCCAGAUGAUGCUCGGCUUCGAGCGUCCGCCCGCCGGCGGCGAAGCACCGCCCACCGACUUUCAAAACGCCUUUGCCGCCAUGGGCGCCGCCGGUGACGAGGACCCCAUGAUGAAGAUGCUCUCGCAGAUGAUGGCGGGCGGCGGCCUCCCUGGUGCCGCCGACGGCAGUCCCUUCCCGCCGGGCUUCCCAGGCUUUCCAGGCAUGCCGGGCGCCGCCGGCCAGCAGGCGCAGGCGCAGGCGUCGUCGUCUUCGGCAGACUAUCUCUGGCGCGUGCUCCACGCCGUCUUCGCCCUGACGCUGGGCCUCUACAUUGUCGCGACGACGCACUUUACGGGCGCCAAGGCGCAGCGCGAGCGCACGGCGCUGGCCCUCACGUACCCGACGGCCAGCGACGACGUCGUCGGCGAGGUCAACCGCAUGGAGGAGGGCAGGGAGGUCUUCUUCUGGAUGUUCGCCACGGCCGAGGCCCUGCUCAUCACGACGAGGAUGUUCCUGCUGAAGGGCCGGCCUGCCGAGGCCGGCAUCGCCUGGACCGUUGCUGCUUUUCUGCCGGGCCCGUGGAGGGGCUGGGUCGAGACGGCGCUGCGGUACGGCAAUGUUUUCGCUAGCGUGAGGAGGGACAUUCUCGUCUGCGUCUUUGUGCUCGGUGUCGUUGCUUGGGUGAAGGGAUAG